AUGAUUUUAGGUACAAAAGUUAUCAAGAAAAAUGAAUCAAAGAAUAGGGCAUUGAUUUGUAUUGGAGUUCCUGGUUCUGGAAAAUCGACAUUUUCCAAAAGUCUUUGUCAAGCCUAUCCUGAUAAAUGGUAUCGAAUUAACCAAGAUGAUUUAGGAACUCGGCAAUCAUGUGAAGAUCUAUUUAAAGCAAAAUUGAACGAGGGAAUGAAUGUAAUAGUUGACAGGUGUAAUUUUAAUGGAAAUCAAAGGAAAGUAUGGAUCAAAUUAGCGCGGGAUUUCGGUAUACCAGUUGAUGCUAUUGUAAUGGAUACACCUAUGGAGGAAUGCUCAUCCCGCAUUCUUGAAAGACAAAAUCAUCCAACAGAAGUUCAAGGUCAAAAAGGUCUUGAAAUUUUAGCAGACUUUCAACAAUGGAUGGUUUUUCCUAGUUAUGAGGAAGGGUUUGAAAGAAUAAUUAGCAUAAAACCUCAACCUACCCCAGAUUCCUAUAACGAUAAGGUUAUAGAAGAAAUUUUAACCAAAUUAAAUGAGGAGCCGAUUGUAACACACGAUUCAAGGUCGCGAGGUGGUAAUCUUGAAAGUAGGAAUAACCCUAAUAAUCCUUGGAAAAAUACAAAAAUUAAUUCGUCUAAUAAUCCUUGGAAAAUUAAUUCGAUAGAUCAUUCUAAUCGUCAUAGUGAUAAAUAUCAAAAUGAUUUCCCACCGCUUG